AGAAGCAUCACCUUCGAUACAUAUUGGACGCAGAGAGGGGGUCUUCUGUUUUUGGGAAGUGAGUAUAGAGGAAAAAAACAAAAUUUGAAUUUGAAAAGCUUGUUUGGUUCUUUCAAACCUGAGAGCCAAAGAUUCCUUCAUUUUGGUCCUCCUAAAUUUUCAAAAUUUUCUACCCAAGUCUCCGUUAUCAAACUUUUAAUAAACUAGGAAGCUUAGUUUUUGUUACAUUUGAAAUUAUCUCGAUGGUCUUGUGAAUACUCGACAAAAUCAUGGUUUUGUUACAUUUUGGUUCAAUUGAUUAUGUAUGUUACUACGUCAAGAACUUCAUUUCCAACAUACCCGUCUGAUCUAUACAAUAACUUCAUUUCCAACAUACCCGUAUGAUCUAUACAAUAUUCCAUCGGUCUUACUACUUGCGCCGCUACCUGUUUUCGUUCCAUUCGAUACUUGGAUGCGAAUGUGAAUGCGCGCGCUGUCUAUCGAAAUGGUCAUUACAAUGGGAAAAGAAAGGAGUACAGAACAUGAAGAUCCAAAGGAGUAAAUGAAAGGGAAUUGUAUACCAGACUGUUAUUAUUAUUAAUGGAGUACAGUUAUAAAGUGGAAUUAAUGCAAGGAGGGUAUUGCCAGACUGCCAAAGUGGGUCUAUGGUUAGGUAGACAAGAGAUUUAUGUAGGUUGCUGUCCUUGGGGAUAAUAUCCAUGUUAGUAGCAGUUAUUACUGUCUUCUGAAUUAUUGAGUCCUCUACUGUAGCUGGAUCCAAAUCAGUAAUCAAUCUUAGAGGAAAAAAAGUUAAUCUGAUUUGAUUGAAUUAGAGUGUAUAAUGACCCAAUAAGGAUUGAUUUUGAUUACUUUCCUUCACUUUCUCUAAUCUCUGAUAGUGUUCACACAUCUGCAGCAGUUUUUGCAGGGUUUUUUUUCUAAAACAGUUUGGAGGCCUUUUACCCUUCAAUCUUUGUCCCUUUGGAGCUUUGAGCAAAUGCCAAAAUCAAGGUCAGUAACCCUGCAUCCAGUUAUCCACUGGAUUCGAUAUUGAGACGAUUGUGUCAACUCAUUGUCCGCAUUUUGAAUACUGAAUUUCGAUAUAUGUGACACUGUCCAAAACCCACCAAAUCCGUCAUGAUAAGUUCAUCUUGAUCAUUUCUUUUUUCAUCUUUCAAUUUGUACCGUCGUGUUGCUGAUAUCGUGCUUGUUACAUCUGCAACCCAAUGGUAGAAACAGACGAGGAAAAUCGAAAAUGAUAACAAUGACUUAUUAGGACGAGUUUGAUACUGUGUAUCAAUGUCGGUAUAGUGAUCUCUCUUCUAUGUUUGUGUCUAAUAUCAGGGGAUCGUCAGAAAUGCCUCAAAGGCAAUCGCCACGAGGCUCGCACACGCUAAGAACAUCAUCCACCUCCGACUCCGCGGGCGCCACCACAGACCGUAGCCCCAAAGUCUCCGACCACCGUCGCUCCCCUCGCGGCGGGCCACAUUCUGAUCCACCAGUGCAGCAGAAGAAGCUCGGCACGCGAAUUGCCGAUCUCGAGUCACAACUGGGACAAGCUCAGCAAGAGCUCAAGAGUCUGAAAGAACAACUGGCGUCGGCGGAAGCUGCCAAGAAUGAAGCACAGAAGGAGCUCGAGAGCAAGUCCAGUAAGAAACCAACCCAGCCCAAUCCACAACCGGAUGAGGUAGCAGGAGAAGAAGAAGAAGAAGCAGUUCUUGCGCCGGAGGAUAAUGAUCGGGAGGAAACCGACGUGUUUGAAGUUCCUGCAGUGGAAAUCAAGAAGGACGCACCAAAUCCUCCUUCCCCUGAAGUAGAGAUGGCUCUGAAGAAGCAUGAGGAGGAGAUGAAGGAGCUUCGAGCGAAGCAGGAGGAGAUGGAGAAGGAGCUGCUGGUUUCGAAUCAGGAGAAGGAAGAGCUGAGAAAGCAGCUCAAUGAAGCGGCUGCAAGGAUUGAAUGUAGCAAGGCGAAGGAAGAGGAAACGCGAUCAAGGUUGAGUCAAUUGGAGGAAGAGGUCGAGGCGAGCAGAGGGAAUGCAGCGGAGUUGGAGUGCCAGCUGGAGGCGGUGAAGGAAGGAAAGGAAAUGUUGGAAUGUGAGAUGAAGAGGAUGAGAGUUCAGACGGAGCAGUGGAGGAAAGCAGCAGAUGCUGCAGCAGCAGUGCUAGCUGGUGGAAAUGGGAGGUUUGUAUCUGAUCAGAGGUGUGCUUCCAUGGAGAAGCCGUUCGGUGGUGGGAGCAUGUUCGAGACCCCGGCUGGCGGGUAUGGUGCCGGCUACGCUGGUUCCCCUGGGUUUGGUGAUGAUAUGGAUGAAGGGUAUGGAAGUGGCGGGAAGCAGAGGAAGGGAUCUUCAGGGAUCAAGAUGUUUGGUGACCUGUGGAAAAGGAAGACCCAGAAGUGAAAGUGAGUAUGAUAUGUGUGCAGCAUAAUGGAGAAUGGUAUUUUUGUUGAAUGGCUGCUUGCCAUUCAGGUAAUGUGUCAUGUUUUGUUAAUGGAGAAGAACAAUGGAUGACAAUGAUGGUAUAUCUUUGUUAAAAAUGUUUCAUCAGCUAAAUGUAUGAGUAGACCUUUUCGUUACAAAAGAAACACAGGAGUAAAGA